AUGACUAUUGACUAUACUUGGUGGAAAGACGCUACAAUUUAUCAAAUCUGGCCAGCUUCUUAUAAAGAUUCCAAUGGUGACGGUAUUGGUGAUAUCCCAGGGAUUAUUUCCGAAUUAGACUAUAUCAAAGAUUUAGGAGUUGAUAUUAUCUGGUUGAGUCCAAUGUACAAAUCCCCAAUGGAAGAUAUGGGUUAUGAUAUCAGUGAUUAUGAAGACAUCAACCCAGAUUUCGGUACUUUGCAAGAUAUGCAAAAUUUAAUUGAUGGUUGCCACGAAAGAGGCAUGAAAAUCAUCUGUGAUUUAGUCAUCAACCACACUUCUGCUGACCACGAAUGGUUCAAAGAAUCAAGAUCCUCCUUAGACAACCCAAAGAGAGACUGGUAUAUCUGGAAGAAACCAAAAUAUGAUGCUGAUGGUAACAGACAACCACCUAAUAACUGGCAAUCCUACUUUUCAGGAUCUGCUUGGGAAUAUGAUGAACCAACCGGUGAAUAUUACUUGAGAUUGUUUGCUAAAGGUCAACCGGAUUUGAAUUGGGAGAAUGAAGAAUGUAGAAAAGCAAUUUAUGAUUCAGCAAUUAGAUUUUGGUUGAACAGAGGAGUUGAUGGUUUUAGAAUUGACGUUGCUGGAUUUUAUUCUAAAGAACAAUCAUUUACUGAUGCCCCAAUUACUUAUGUGGAUCAACUUCAUCAACCAAGUAAAGAAUUAACUUCAAAUGGACCAAGAAUCCAUGAAUUCCACCAGGAAAUGAAUAAGGAAAUAUGGUCCAAAUAUGAUAUUAUGACCGUUGGUGAAAUGUGUCAUUGGACAAAACAAGAAGCUUUAAAAUAUGUUAGUGCUUCUAGAAAUGAAAUGAAUAUGAUGUUUAUUUUUGAUGUUGUUGAAUUAGGUACUGAAAAUAGUGAUAGAUUUAGAUAUUUUGGUUGGAAUUUAAUUGAUUUUAAAAAUGCUGUGAAAAGUCAAAGUGAUUUCAUUAAAGGUACUGAUGCUUGGUCAACUGUUUUCAUUGAGAAUCAUGACCAACCAAGAUCAAUUACUCGUUUUGGUAAUGAUAAGAAAUAUCACACAAAGAGUGGUAAAUUAAUAGCAAUGUUACAAACUACUUUAACUGGUACUUUAUUCAUCUACCAAGGUCAAGAAAUCGGUAUGACCAAUUUACCAAGAUCAUGGUCUAUUGAAGAAUACAAAGAUGUUUAUACCACCAAUUAUUAUAACGAGUUUAAGAAAAAAUAUGGAGAUGAUGCUGAUUUUAAACAAAAGGAAAAACAAUUAAUGGAUGUUAUCAAUAUGGUUGCAAGAGAUCAUUCCAGAUCUCCAGUUCAAUGGAAUUCUUCAGCUAAUGCUGGUUUUACUUCAGGUAAACCAUGGAUGAAAGUUAAUGAUAAUUAUACUGACAUUAACGUGAAAGAACAACAACAUAAUCCAAAUUCUUUAUUGAAAUUUUACCAAAAGAUGUUGAAAUUAAGAAAAGAGUACAAGGAUUUAUUCAUUUAUGGAUCAUUUGAAAUCUUAGAUUAUAAUAAUGAUAAAUCUUUUACUUUUAUUAAAGAAAUCAUGGAUGCUAAAUCUCCAAAAGCUUAUGUGGUUUUGAACUUUUCUAAUGACGUUGUUCCUUUUGAACGUUUGAUUGAAGGUGAGUUUGAAUUGGUAGCAUCUAACUUGGAUUCGGCUACAGAAUUUGAAGAGUCUAUUUUGUCUCCUUAUGAAGGUAGAGUUUAUAUCGUAGAAUAG